GAAGUUAUAACCGGCGUAGCUCCUCCAAAUUCCUGUACUACGACGGUCUUGACCGUGUCAGCCGGAGGAGUGGGGAGGUUAGGAGAGAAAAUGGCCGCUUCUGAGAAAUUCGUGGAAGCAGACCAUGCAGAAGCCAUCAUAACCCGGAUCGAGCACAAGUCCCGCAAGAUCGAGAGCUUACUCAAACAGUAUAAACCAGUGGAAGCUCUCAAAACUGCCCUGGAAGGCUCGCCUCCGAAUACCAAGGACGAGAGAUGCAAGUCUGCGAAUUGGAUAGUGGUGCACAGGGCGAUUAUGGCUAUAAAGGAUGUGGAUGGGAUGUUCUUUUCUCUUGAUCCAGAGUACUACGACAUUCUUAUGAAGUAA